AUGGCAGCCUCCAUGUGGACGCUGGCAGCGGGGUUUCUUUCCCGGCUGCGAUCUGUCGCUCCGACAGUACGAACCUUUUCGGUUUCCCAUCACUCAGCGCAGAAGCCUGCGGGGUCUUUUUGGAAACUUGGCCGACUCAACCACGUAGCCAUCGCAGUUCCCGAUCUGGAGAGAUCCAAGUCUUUCUACAAGGAGGUGUUAGGGGCUGACGUGAGCGAGACAGUGCCUCUCCCCGAACACGGCGUCUACACGGUGUUUGUGGAGCUGGGGAACACCAAGCUGGAGUUGCUCCACCCGCUGGGAGACGACAGUCCGGUGGCCGGCUUUUUGCAGAAGAACAAAGCAGGAGGCCUGCACCACGUCUGCAUCGAGGUGGACAACAUUACCGACGCCAUCGCGGACCUGAAGAAGAAACAAAUCCGUCUAUUGAGCGAAGGGGCUAAAAUAGGCGCCCAUGGAAAACCAGUCAUUUUCCUCCAUCCGAAAGACUGCGGCGGAGUCCUUGUGGAGCUGGAAGAAGCCUGAGCU